GAUGGCAGCGCCCAGAGGAAUGCGUGCGGCGGACAGAUCCGCAGAAAACAGCGCAAAUAAAGCGAAGGAAAAGAUCUCAAACACAGAAAAAUAAAGAACAGGAUCUAAACUCACAAGCUGAUCUAGAACAAACGGAUAUGAUCCGCGUUCCCGCCUCUCGUCAGCAUGGGCAAAUGGACACAUAAAGAGAGAGUUUUGGUGUUUUCCUCUGGUGGAAUCAACUUCAGGACGAGACACCUGAUGCAGGACUUAAAGACUUUAGUGCCGCACAGUAACGCUGAAAGGACAAACUGUUCGUGGUUAAUGAGCCAAGAAGCAGCAGAAUCUGUACAUGUGCAUCGUCGAAUGAUUCGUUUGGCGAUGGCGGCUAAACAGAAGGAGAGACAGAUGGUGAAGGAGAAGAGGAAAGAAGGACAGGAAGUGAUGUCACAGACGAUGUGUUUGUUACUCCAGCGGAGCAGAAACCCGUUCAGAUUGAUCUCGACGCUCCAAAGUUUCAGAUAAACAAGAAACUGAAACUCGCUGAGCUGAUGAAGCACAAAGGCCUACGAUGAAACUAGAUGAUGCAAUUAGCCUGUAAACUGUGUCUGAUUAAAGAGAUUUUCUGUUUUCAGAACAGGAAGUGUUUCUGAGAAUCGUAGUUGGUUCACAUGUCCAGGUCAAGGGUCAACUCUACAUUUGAUGAUGUACAAUAACCGUCUGUAUUUUUCCAUUGAUGCAUAUUUGAGAAGAAUUCAAUGUUGUUAAAUGUUUAAAGGUGUUGAGUCAUUGUUGGUUUGCUAUUAUUGAUGUUUAAAAUAUCCAUUGUUUAUAAUAUAUUUAAUAAUAUAUUUAUGCUUCUGUAUCUAAUAUAUAGAUGAGUCUGUAUCUUAUAAGCAUAAUAUUUGUAAACGGGAACAGCUGUUGGUAUCGCGUAUGAAGUUCGAGCUCUAGAUUUAAUUCUGUUUAGUUCGAUUAGUUAUCAAUGAAGUGCAGCACAAAGUAAAUCUUUGUCUUAGUUUAGUUAUCAGGUUUUUGACACGCUUUGAUUUGAGUUGCUUAUUUGGGGGCUGUACAGCAAGUAAUCAGGAAGUAGUGAGAGAACUGAAGCAGCAGACCUCUUCGUAAGGACACCGACAAGGCCACUACACUUAAAUUUGGCACUUGGCACUGCCUCUCCACCAGGGACGGAUUACCGAAUGGGGCAAUACCCAGGGGCCCUGGACUACCUUGAACCGCUCAACAACAUUUGGGCGCGAACAGCGAACACACAACCACCCCCCCUGCCAACCUGCAACCAGAUAAUUUGCCCCAGGGCAUUUGCAAGUCAUAAUCCGUCCAUGCUCUCCACAGCCCCUCUCCAUAUCUGUUGGACUGUGGAACUGCUGUCAACAAAGCGGACUUCAUUCUCACCUUUGCCAGUCAGUCUCAGCUCAAUGUUUUGGCUCUUACUGAGACAUGGAUCGGCAGAGACAACACUUCAACUCCCUCAGCUCUCUCGACUUUCACCCACACCCCUCGUCUGACUGGUUUGCUCAUUUCAGACUCGUGGAAAUUCACUCCAGACCCUGACUGUCAGAGACGGGAACGGAUUACCGACCGGGCCAAUGGGGACAGUGCCCAGGGGUCCUUGACUGCCCUACCACCUGUCCACUUGACCCUAUCCCCUCUCAUCGUAUGCCAGCUCCUCUACAUCGAUCUUAUCCUCACUCACACACAUUAUCAACGCUUCUCUCACAACUGGAAACUUUUCCAAUACAUUCAAGCAGGUUUGAGUAACCCCACUGCUUAAACCAACACAUCACCUCACAGUAGUCGAUAACUACAGACCGAUCUCUCCUACCCUUCCUGUCUAAAACUCUUGAGGGGGUCGUAAUCAACCAGUUGUCUGCGUUUCUCUCACAGAACAACCUACUCGACAGACAUCAGUCUGGCUUCAAAAAAGGACACUCAACAGAGCCCUCUUGUGAGAAGCUGAAACCCUGCAAACUUAAAAUCGUCCGUCCUCAUCCUCCUCGACUUGUCUGCUGCCUUCGACAGUGAACCACAAGAUCCUCCUGUCCACCCUCUCGGAUCUGGGCAUCAGAGGAACUGCGCUUGGCUGAUUUGAGUCAUAGCUCACUGACAGAUUGUUCAAGGGCUCCUGGAGAGGUGUCCAAGACACCCCAGCUGACCACUGGGGUCCCUCAAGGAUCAGCGCUUGGACCCCUCUUCUCUGUGUACACAACAUCACUCGGACCAGUCAUUGAGGCACAUGGCUUUUCCUACCACUGCUACACAGAUGAUAGGCAGCUCUACAUGUUGUUCAAGCCUGGAGACACUACUGUCUCAGCUCGUACCUUGGCCUGCCUCGGACAUUUCAGCCUGGUUGAAGGAACGAAACCUUCAGCUCAACCUCGCCAAAACAGAAAUCCUCAUGAUCCCAGCCAACCCAUCUGUUGACUACAACCUCUCUAUUCACCUUGGUUCAACAACACUAACACCAACCAUGACAGCCCAGAAACUGGGAGUGGUGGUAGAUGACCAGCUUAAUUUGACUGCACACACCUCAUCAACCGCCCAGUCUAGAAGAUUUGCGCAUUACAACAUCAGGAAAAUCAGACCUUUCAAGUCUGAAUAUGCUGCACAGCUCCUGGUGCAAGCUCUGGUCUACUACAAUGCUCUGUUGGCUGGCCUUCCAGCUAACACAAGCCACUGCAGAUGGUCCAGAAUGCAGCAGAGCAUCUGGUCUUCAAUCAGCAAAAAAGGGCUCAUGUCACCCCACUCUGCAUUUCACUCCAUUAGCAACCUGUAGCUGUCCGAAGCAAAUUCAAGGCUUUAACUCUGGCCUUCAGGACAGCCAACGGAACCACACCAUCUUCAAUUCACUUCUUCAGGUCUAUGCUCCAACUCGUUCUCUGCGAUCUAUGAAUGAGCGAUGCCUCGUGGUCACGUCACAAAGAGGCUCAAAGUCUGUUUCACGAUUGUUCACUUUCUCUGCUCCUCUGUGGUGGAAUGAACUUCCAACCUCCACACGAUCUUCUGUUACCUUCUCAACAUUCAAGAACCAGACGAAAACACAUCUGUUCCACGAGCAGUUAACCAACCCACACUAAUUGCCCUUUCUACUGCACUUAAUGUACAAUAAAUCGUUGUCUUUCUCUUUCUUUUGUGCUAGCAUCGUUCAGCUCCAACCAUGGUGGAAACUUGGUAGUCCUAUACUGCAGGUGCUAUUCACUGCUUGCCAUGUGUCUCAUUUAUAAGUCGCUUUGGAUAUAAGAGUCCGCUAAAUGACUAAAUAUAAAAUUUGAAAAUGUGGUUAUACAUUAUAAGAGACAGUUUUUUUAAUCUUAUUUUGGUUUUGGCUAAAUACUUGAAACAUAAGUAUAAAUUUAAUAAGAGAACGCCUUUCUUAUGGCCUAAGAACUUUAUAUACAUUUGAUUUCGAAUUCUUCUUAUAAUAAAACUGGAAGCACGUGAGUGUAAUUUAUUGUGAGCGAGAAUAAAACAACAGUCUGCAACUAUACUGACAUUAAGUUUAUUCAAUGAUAAAAACACAACCCUAUCUGUAAAGUCCUGACAAUUGCUUCACACGUGUUGUACAUGUAGGAACCAGUUGUUGGUAAACGUUGUUUCCGGUCGGACGCA